AUGCUCUUGCUUACUACUACUACUACUACUACUACUACUACUACUACUACUACUACUACUACUACUACUACUACUACUACUACUACUACUACUACUACUACUACUACUACUACUACUACUACUACUACUACUACUACUACUACUACUACUACUACUACUACUACUACUACUACUACUACUACUACUACUACUACUACUACUACUACUACUACUACUACUACUACUACUACUACUACUACUACUACUACUACUACUACUACUACUACUACUACUACUACUACUACUACUACUACUACUACUACUACUACUACUACUACUACUACUACUACUACUACUACUACUACUACUACUACUACUACUACUACUACUACUACUACUACUACUACUACUACUACUACUACUACUACUACUACUACUACUACUACUACUACUACUACUACUACUACUACUACUACUACUACUACUACUACUACUACUACUACUACUACUACUACUACUACUACUACUACUACUACUACUACUACUACUACUACUACUACUACUACUACUACUACUACUACUACUACUACUACUACUACUACUACUACUACUACUACUACUACUACUACUACUACUACUACUACUACUACUACUACUACUACUACUACUACUACUACUACUACUACUACUACUACUACUACUACUACUACUACUACUACUUGUCGAGGAGAUCCAAAGUAUUCUCUAGUAAGGUCUAUAGGGGUCCAGAAAAUAUUGGAAAACAUUUGA